CGCCUUUGUAAACCAGUCUUGUGGAUAAAAAUAGAAACCCUAAAGCAUGUCUACAGGGCGGUGAGCAUAACUAUAUUGGGGCGUACAACUGAGUAAAAAAGGAUGUGGCUAUCAUUGGUGUUUGGUCUCUUUGCCGUUAAUGUCCUUACUACAUUGGUAAAUGGACAGGAUCCUCCCACAUGGAUCAAUGACAUGAACGCAUUAAGAAUCGAAGAAGACACAGCAGUGGGUACUGUUGUCUAUACACUGUUGGCUCAGGGAGGGGGGCCAGAUGGCAUCACUUAUGAUAUGUUGGAAACAGAUAAGUUUAUUGUCAACAGAGCAACAGGUGAAGUAAAAUUGAGGAGGCUGCUGGACUAUGAGACAAACCCAACUUUACUAGUAACAGUGUUAGCCACUGGCAGCAAUGGAUUAACG